CGCUGUUGUGGGAGACUGCUUUGUUUUAUGUCAACGGAAGAAGAAGUCACACAAGAAACAUGGCGGCCCGCACACGGCUGCCCUUGCUGUUCCCUAAAAACCUGCCUCCGUUUAGAAACCAAAAGCUUGCCCACACUGAGGCGGCGGUCAAAGAGCCUGCGUAUCCCCCCAUCGUCCCCUCUCUCACGGCUAAAAGCAAAUCUGCCGUGCAGAGACAGGCUGGUGAGCAUGUAAAGAACAUAUGCGCGUCUCCAGUGGAGGAGAAGCUCUCCCUCAUCACUCGCAUCCAGCGGAUGAAAUUUAUAGUUUACCCCCAGACUUUCGCAUUGAACGCCGACAGAUGGUACCAGCACUUCACCAAGACCGCAUAUAUCCCUGGCCUACCCGAGAAAUUCACCCUGAGCCCGGAGAAGGAGACCGGGGGAGAGGAGGAGCAGCCCGCUGCAGUUGUAACAGUACCGGGGAUUGGACAUGAUGGGUUCGCGGACAUCCGCUCCUUGGUCACUCGUGUGAUUUUACAAGAGAACUGGCACACGAAGAAACGCAAACCUUUCCUGUCCAGAAAACAGGAGCAAAUGGUUGGACCUUUUGUGAGAAACCUGGUGACUGGACUCACCUUCAGUCUGGCCAAAUACAACCCUCUGCUCCUCCUCUCCAGUCUGGAUAUUAAUCCCCAGGUAAACUUCUACUGGAGGAGGGGACAGAGGAUCAUCCCAAAGGGGCACCGGAGAGGUCGACAAGAGCCAAUCAGGUUCCAGAUCGAUGACCAACCAAAUACUCAGAUCAGGAUAACUCAACAACUGCCCCAGUUCACCCCGCUGGAGGACUCUUAUGCCGCUGAAGUUCCAGAGGUCAUGUUGGCUCCUAACCUGAUGCCUCUGUUCAGAAGGCAGUAUGAAAACAACAUCUUUACAGGUGCCAAGCUACCAGACCCGGCAUGCUACGGUCACACUCAGUUCCACCUGGUGCCUGAUCGAUACCACAGAGACCGGAUGGCCCGGCAGCAGCUGUCUGAUCAGGUGGAGGUCUUCCUCAGAGCCAAUGCUCUCACCAGCCUCUUCGCCUGGACAGGAGCUCAGGCCAUGUACCAGGGUUUCUGGAACCACGAGGACGUCACCAGGCCUUUCGUGUCGCAGGCUGUGAUCACAGACGGCCAGUUCUUCUCCUUCUUCUGCUACCAGCUCAACACAGUGGCUCUCUCUGUGGAGAUGGACGCAAACAACCCCAGAAAAAACCUCCUGUGGGGCACCGAGAGCCUGCGGCUGUACGAGAGCGUGCAGGACGGAGAGGUGGUGGGUCUGAACGACGACGUCCUCAAGCUUCUGAUUCAGUUCCUCAUCAACCGACCGUAGAAGUUCUUCAGGUUUCUGUCUCGGGGGAGUUUCUGAAAGAUGAAAUGAAGCGGAAGAGCCCAGCAUGGUGGACGUGAGGAAGUUUGUAUAAAAUGUAAUGGUUCAAAAACGUGGCUUGUGAAUAUGACAACUGAACAAUGUGCUGAACAAAUACUUAACACACGUCAGUGUUAUUAUCCUGCCGACUGUAUUUAUGCAAAAAUAAAAACAUGCUUUUCAAAUUGA